AUGGAUUGCAACCGGUACAGUACCAAAGAGCAACUUUUACGAGUAACAGCGUUAUUAAAGAGAUUCGGUGACAAAACGAGGAGACAGCCAGUGUCAAUUGAAGUAACUGCGAAUGAACUAAGAGCAGCUGAAAAACUUUGGGUGAAUACCAUACAGGCAAGCAAUUUCGAAGACGAAAGGUCAUAUCUCCAAGGAGUUUCGAAGAAAGAACCGCUGCUCGUAAGACAGUUGGAUUUAUUCUUGGACGAAGAAGGUACGAUUCGAUGCCAAGGUCGAAUAGAUAAAUCAUCAUUACCCAUGACGACAAAGCGGCCAAUACUUCUUCCUGCACGACAUUUCUAUACGCAACUUGUAAUUCGCAACUGUCACGAAGUCGUCCAUCACAACGGUGUCAAAGAAACAUUGAACUGCAUUCGCGAAGUAUAUUGGAUUCCAAGAGGUCGAGAAGCCGUUAAACGUGUAAUUGGAGUAUGUGUUACAUGUAGAAAACACGAAGGGAAGCCAUACGGUUCACCAAAGUUCGCCCAGCUACCAUCAUGUAGAGUAAGCGAUGAUCCACCUUUUGCUCACACCGGCAUGGACUUCGCUGGACCACUAUAUUUAACGACCGAAGGUGAAGAUGAUAAAGAACGAAAGUUGCAAAAGGCGUACAUUUGUCUCUAUACCUGCGCGUCAACAAGAGCGUUACACCUUGAACUUGUGCCAAAUUUAUCAGUGUCUACAUUCUUACAAUCAUUUAGAAGAUUCACCGCUCGAAGAGGAUUACCGACAAAGUUACUAUCGGAUAACGCGAAAACGUUUAAAGCGGCUGCAAAAGAAGUCAAGGGAAUUACGAGAUCUAUGGAAGUUCAGCGGUAUUUGGCGAACAAAGGAAUCACGUGGGAGUUUAUAGUGGAAAAGGCACCCUGGCAAGGGGGUUUCUGGGAAAGAAUGGUGAAAUGUGUCAAACGCUGUCUGAAAAAGGCGGUGGGUCGAGCAUCAUUAUCGUUUGAAGAAAUGCGCACAUUAUUGAUUGAGAUUGAAGCUACGCUGAACAAUCGACCUAUGACUUACGUAUACGAUGAUGAAGAAGGCGUGUCUUAUCCGUUAACACCUGCAUCGUUGAUCUAUGGUCGAAACAUCGCUACAACGCCAAACGAUAAGCAAUUCGAAGUGAUCAGUACAAAUCAAUCCCUAACUCGACGACAGAAGUAUCACAAAAGGCUUUUAAACCAGUUUGCGAAGCAAUGGAGAACGGAGUAUCUCGUUAGUUUAAGAGAGUCAUCAAGGUCAAAGGUUUCGUCGGAUGCGGCUCGUAAGCUGGCGAUAGAAGAAGGAGAGAUCGUAGUUUUAAAGAACGACAAGUCAUCACGAUCAUUUUGGAAGUUAGCUAGGGUGGAGGAAUUACUCCCCAGUAAAGACGGUGUUAUUAGAGCGGCAAAGGUACGCGUAGUUAAUCAAGAGAAUGGAAAAUCAACAUGGUUACGAAGACCCAUACAACACCUUGUUCCUCUAGAAAUACGGUCGAGUUGCAAACAGAAGAACGAAACGAACGCGAGGGAUCCUACGACGGAAGAGACGAAAGAGGAUGCCUCUUCAAAGGAACCGCUGAAGGCGAACGCAAGGAGUACAGUUGUUACUAAAUACUUCCUACGAAGUCAGAACAAUCGUAAAGAUACUGUGUGA